AUGAAAAUUCAAAUCAACUUCUCGAGAACACCGCCAGUUUUUGAAGUCGGUGAAAUCAUUGAGGGAACGGUGGUUUUAAUGGAUGACCAAGAAUUUGCUGGCAAAACCGUUUCAAUACGAGCAAAAGGAAAAGUAAAGAAUAGAUGGUACAUUUCGACAGGACAAUCAACACUCGUUUAUCAAGCGAUCAUCGAUGUCUUUGAGAAAACCGAUGUUGUUGUAUUGGAGAAAAGUCGAUUCAACGAGGCUCAGAUUCCGUUCAACUUUAAAAUACCGCCCAACUGUCUCCCUUCAUUCAAAGAAAGCGAUGCACGAAUCGAAUAUAAAAUCACCGUUUUUAUCUUAAAAAACACUUCAACUGAAACAAAACAUAAAGCAAAAUUCUUCAUAAACAAUCAUCUUGAUUUACGUUAUUUUCCGGAACUCAGUCAACCAUUGGAAAUUAUUAACGAGAAAAGCAUUGGUUUAUGGCCGUUUAAAAAAGGAGAUGUUAUGAUGAAAGUCUUGCUUCCACGGAAAGGAUGGGCUUGGGGAGAGCUUUGUCCGGUCACAGUUCUUAUUGAGAAUUCGAGUAGUCGGGUCAUUGAUCAGCUAGAAAUCCUUUUGAAUCAACGUCAUCAUUUCCGAGGUUAUCUCAGAAGAAAGAAAGGGAUUUCAAUUGAUGAUAAAUUGCUUGAUGGAAGUUGGGCAGAGAAAAGAAAAGCUACGAAAACACUUGUCUGGGAGAAAAUUGCUGUCCAAGUGCCUCAAAAUUCAGUGAAGGAAUUGACCAUUUCAUUGCAAAUCCCGACUGCUUCGUGCUCUUUUGAGUGUCCGAUAAGUAAACUCGAUUAUCAGUUGAAGGUGAUCGCUCACUCGUUGCACACAACCGCCUCAAAAGUCGAGUUGAAAAGUGAAAUUGUGCUUGGGAGUACGCCGUUUAAAAGU